AAUGUCUGGCAGGUGGCGAGGAUACCCACACAGACCUCUGGAGCCGAGGCCUGAUGGCGCUGGCUGGCAGAACACGGUGACUGCAGUGGCUGUGAGCAGGAAGGGGAAUGUAGGCUGUGCCGGAGUCAGCGGCCUAGGGAGCCGAACGGCCCUGGUGCCAGCCUGCCGCCUGGUGGCAGCAGUGGUGCCCAGGGUGCUCUGAUGAAUCCCUGGGCACACGCCCAUCAUGUGGCAGCCCUCAGGAGGAGGGGCUGAGCGGGCAAAGUGAAGGAUGUAGAGAAAGGGUCCAUUCUUCCUGGGCCUCAGUCCUGCCUGGCCUGGGAGGCGGGAGGCAAAGAAAUGUGAGGGCCUAGGCGACCACUCCAGGGAGAGGUGGGGAGUCGGCCAAGGGCCCAGCAGGCUGGUGCUGGGGAGCUUGGGGUCCUGGCUGGGAAGUGACCAGAUUGGUCGAGAAGCAGGGGCACCUGGGCUGGCAUCUGUCCGGCCAGGGAGACGGUGAGUGUGGGAGGGCCCUGGGGGUGCAUCGGGCCCCACUGGGGGCACCAUGAGCUGAGCGGAUGCCUGCAGCAGGAGGCCCCUUCCCGCUUGCUGGGGGGACGAUGCUUGCACAGGGCUCACAGAGGAGGCUGCUGGGCAUCCUCAACUCCACCCCCCCAGCCACCCCCCACCCCGGACCGGCCCCAAACCAGACAGACCCCUGGUGCCUGGAGGUGUCCGUUCCCGACGGGCUCUUCCUCAGCCUGGGGCUGGUGAGCCUGGUGGAGAAUGUGCUGGUGGUGGCUGCCAUCGCCAAGAACCGCAACCUACACUCACCCAUGUACUUCUUCAUCUGCUGCCUGGCCGUGUCGGACCUGCUGGUGAGCGUGAGCAAUGUGCUGGGCACGGCCGUGGCGCUGCUGCUGGAGGCGGGCGCGCUGGCGGCCCAGGCGCCCGCGGUGCAGCAGCUGGACGACGUCCUGGACGUGCUCAUCUGCGGCUCCAUGGUGUCCAGCCUCUGCUCCCUGGCCGCCAUCGCGGUGGACCGGUACAUCUCCAUCUUCUACGCGCUGCGCUACCACAGCAUCGUGACCCUGCCCCGGGUGUGGCGGGCCAUCGCGGGCAUCUGGGUGGCCAGCGUGGCCUCCAGCACCCUCUUCAUCGCCUACUACACCCACACGGCCGUCCUGCUCUGCCUGGUCAGCUUCUUCGCGGCCCUGCUGGCACUCAUGGCGGUGCUCUACGCCCGCAUGCUGGCGCAGGCCUGCCAGCACACCCGGGGCAUCGCCCGGCUGCACAAGAGGCAGCGCCCUGCCCCCCAGGGCCUCGGCCUCAAAGGGGCUGCCACCCUCACCACCCUGCUGGGCAUCUUCUUCCUCUGCUGGGGCCCCUUCUUCCUGCACCUCCUGCUCAUCGUCCUCUGCCCUCAGCACCCCACCUGCCACUGCGUCUUCCGGAACGUCCCCCUCUUCCUGGCCCUCGUCAUCUGCAACACCAUCGUGGACCCGCUCAUCUACGCCUUCCGCAGCCCCGAGCUCCGGAAGACACUCCAGGAGGUGCUGCAGUGCUCCUGGUGAGCGGGCGCCGAGGGCCACGGCCAGGUGCCUGCCGGCUGGGGGAGGGGAGCCAUCCCAUGGCCCGCUCCUGUGUGGCCGGGCAGUCACUGGCCAGGAAGGACAGACUAAGUGAUCGCCGAAGGUGUGGGCGCACUGACCCUCUGGGCCAGAGAGGAGUCAGCAGACAUCUCCAGGAGUUGUGGGGGUUACGGGAAGCUGGGGAGAUGGGGCCACAGGCACAGGGCAGGCCUGGGCUCCUGGACCGACAUGGCCCACACGGGAGACAUCCCCCUGCACCCAGAGAUAGGCGAGGACCCACCUGAGCCCGCCCAUCGGGAGGUGAAGUCCGUGGCUGGCAGAGCACCGAGGACCUCAAGAGAAGGGACUGUGAUGAGCAGGACCGCGCCUCACGGGGAAAGGAGUGAGGUCCUGUCCCGGGCAGGGGGACGUGUCCGCAGGAGCCGCAGUGGGCACGGGGCUGAUCUGGGGCUUGUGGUGCUGGAGAGCUGGGGGCUCGGCCCAUUUGUUUGCACCACACAGGCCCCUCAGAUCGUGCCCACCACUGCCUGCUCAGGCCGAGGCCACAGCCAUUAGUUGGAAUUAGUGACCAGUACCCGGGGCCGGGAAGCAUCUGGGAAUAAAUGCUGUGCUUGGAGCAGCUCCAUGGCCGUCCAUGUUGGCUCAUUGCAAAGGUGCUUGAUGCUUGAGGGUGGAGAGCCAUGGAGUGGCCUGGUGGGAGUGAGGUAGGUAGAGUUAUAUAUCCCAGAACCCCCACAGGGCCCAGCAUGCCUGAAGCCCCAGCCCCGUUGUACCUGCUCUGAUGCUGCGUCUGCCUUCUCUGUAAAUGUGAACCCGGCCCCGGGCAGCCGGAGGGAGGAGUCCUCCCCAGGCACCUCCAUGGGGAGGAGGCUGACUGGUCCCAGCUGCCCUCGGCUGCAGCAGAAGCAGGACCUCCGUGACCCUCUGUGACCUUGGCCAGAGCACAGCCGGCCCUCCUCCUGGCCUGCUCUGGGUCACCCCCAGGGGGUCCAAGGUGCAGGGUGGGUCAGGACGGGUUCUCGUUCCUCCAGCCCUACCAGCCCUGGCAGAUAUUCGAGCCAAGGCGGCCCAGAAUGGGGCGAGGCUGUCCAGUGGCUGCAGGCGGUGUCCCUGGGAUUGGUAUCAGGGGUGGGCCCUGCUGCAUGGUGUUGGGGGCCCUGAGGUCCUCCCUGUGCUGAAACUCGGGGCCUCUUUCCGGGGAGCCACUGGUUCCUCCAGACGCCGAGCAUGCAGCCAGCCCCAUUCCUGGUACAAGCUGCAUGGAGGGGAAAGUGACGGCAUCAGCCAACUCCCAGGUAGUUCUAGAUGCGUCUGCAACCGCCUGAGCAGUCUCCACCCCACCCUGCUGGCAGCUCCAGCCCUGACUGCUGCCUUGGGGCUGGGAGCUGGUUCCCGGCAGGGCCAGCCUUUCUGGAAGAUGGACAGGACGGCGAGUCAGCCUGGAGCCCUCUGGGGAUGGAGGGGAGCCGGCUGGUCUGACUCCAUUCCACAGGGAGGCCAGCCAGAGGGGUCCUGCCCUACGGGAUGCUGCAAAGCUUCUGCUGCUCAGACAGGGAGGCACAGCCAAAAGCUCACCAAGGACCCCCUGAGUGGGGACGGGCGGAGCCCCAGUGGCCAGUAGCCAACCACAGAAAGCCACCUCAUGGACAUGCGGGGGAGGGGCUUCUCUUGAGAACAAAAGACCCGCUUCUAGGCUUGCCAAAUCGGGGAGCUUCAGGAGGAGGGGGGAGAGCGGGCCGGACACGGCCACACCCCACCAGCCCCCUCCUGGGCACACACUCAGGACACAGGUGUGCCCGAGCUCUCUCAGCUGACGACGGGA